GUUUAACCGGACGCAAGUUAGAAACUCAGUGUAAACCUCAGCGGCAUGCAAUGGGCAGAUCGUAUAAGAGCUCAGACUGAUGAAAGGACGACAGAUGCAACAGACUGGUGGCAACAGGAGGAAUUCAAGGUCAGGUGUGAAAAUGGGGUCCUUGUCUUGCUUCAUCCUAAUUUCCCUGUCUCUGUCAUCUCUUGGGAGCUGUGGACAAACAGUCGACAACUCACAAUCCAUCUUGCCCCGUCAGGCCAUUCUCUUCCCAGAUAGCCCAGAUAGUGUGUCUGCUGAGGGAAGUGGGCAAAAUCAUGAUGAUUUUACAAAACACCAGACACCAUUCAGCCACUUUCCACAAAAGCUUCGGCAAGACAAAAUCCCAGAAGCUAUUCCUUCCACUUCCUCCUCCUUAGAAACAAAGGUGGGAGUAAAGAAUCAGACGUCUGAUGCAGGGCAGGUUCAUUCCAGCGACCAGGUUAUCACAGCAGAUCUUCAUGAGGGUGCCCUUGUUGAAGACAGUCUCAUUGCAAGAGGGGAGCAGCUGAAACACUCGAGCGUGGCGAACGACCAUGAUCUUACUGGUAUGGAAACAUAUGUGUUUUCCUCAAUGGCAGAGAAAGAUGUAUCAGAACACCUCUGCUUCUUUGGCACUAGACCUUGCAUUAUUCCAAAGAACGUAAAUGGCACUAGCCUUCUCUGGAACGACAUGCGGCGGACGCUCGCAUUUGCCUGGGAGCUGCAUGUUUUCGGAUCAGCUGGCCUCUUCAUAUUGAUGGUAGUCUUGGCAGCCUUUGGAAUGGCUGGAGCAUGCACUCUAACCUCUCCGCUUCACGGUGAUCUAAUCCUGCCCAACAGUCUGCUGAUCGUGAGUGGUUCUCUCCGUGCUGUCCUCCUCCUACUUGAUCCUUAUGGGACUCGUCAAAUCGUGUCUCACGCCACUCUGGCAGCUUUGCAUAACGUCCCGAUGCAGCUUCUUCUGUGGACACAGGUUUCGCUCCCACUGAUCACACUCCGAGGGUUAAAGAUGUUACCUUUCCCAAGGAAGCUGAUGCACCCAUGCGUGUUAGGAGGACUGGCCAUUUUACAUACUAGCCUUCUGGUUGUCGCAGACCUGUGUCCACUAUUUAGCUUCCCUGAGCUCCCUAUUGUCCUUCAGACUCUGUCGUUCAGUUGGGGUCUCCUAUUCUGCGUCGGGAUUCUUGUGAAAACGCUCCUCUACAAAAAAGUCCAUCGUGGGUCAUCUGCUGCACAGUGUGGUGUUGCUCAGAGAAUUGCAAGGAGGGCCCAACAGGUAACCGUAGUUUGUGCAUUCUUUGGGACUCUCUGCUGCUGCCUACAGAUAUUUAGCCUGCUCUGGCUCUAUGGUCUGUUGGGUAACUGGAGACGCUUUGGUUGGGGUUGGUGGCUCUGCCAAUUUUGGGCGAGAAUACUUGAAAUAUCUUGGGGGUUCUCCUUGCUCAUUUUGGGAUCGUGGAUCUUCUGGUCACCCAUUAGUUGUCAUAAGAAAGUAAACAACGGGAAAGAUAAAUCUGGGGGUUUGAAGAGUGAGAAGAAGAUGCUGUGGGAUGGAAUCGUGUCGUUUAUACAAGGGAUGCCUUUUAAAAAAACACCAGAAAGCUGGUUACACCUCAUUCCAAAUAACUGGGCAAAGUACAAUCCAUCGGAAGUCAGCAACAUAACGUCUCCAUAUGAUAAUCAACCUUCAACUAAUGCGUCCGAUUGCAAAGCCGCCCAUGUUGGAUGUUACGACUCUCAGGAGGCCAGUUUGUGGCAAAAGCUAAACGAGCGUGAAUGCAUUCUGUCGCUAAUAGAAUUUGAAAUGAGGCCACCUUCCCCGAUUAACCUGCGGCGAAGCAUUGACAACGCUCUGAGUCCCAGACACCUCAUACCUGGAGGACUCUUCACCCCUCCUCCUCCAGCCUGGAGUCACACACUGGGACAAGACACCAGUGAGCAGGAAACAAGAAUAUUGCCUCAAGCCUAUGCUGGAUUCGGCUGGAUACUGGAAACAGAAUCCACUCCGGUGUCUCCCGACCACUUCGGGACUCGGAACGCUUCGGCUGAUCACAGUUUCAUUUCUGAAUCAAAUCACAGUCAGAGGGAUAAUUUAAAUUCAAGAUACUCUGCAGGGAUGUAUCAGCGUGAGUGGUCAGAUGAUGAUGUCACAGACCUUUGAUCGCAAACUAAACAUUUUUUAUUUAGAAAUGUCACGUCAUAAGGGAGAAAAUGCAAACAUUUUAGAAUGUUACUGCCCAACUGAAUAUGUAACUUUGUAUCUUAUCAUUCAAAGAAGUGUGAGGCUGUUGUGAACUCUGGACCAGAUACUUAUGUCUAACUCAAAUAGUGCCUAAUAGCUAGUCAUUUCAUUGCACCCUUCUGUUACUGGAAACACCUAUUUUUAUUCAGUUGUCGAUGGAUUAUUCGAGCUAGUGCGUUAGUAUGAGGCGAAGCAAAUGAAAAGGAGAGAUGGUAAAUGAGAACAGAUGGAGGAAGGCGGAGGGAUAUAGAGAACAGAUACACAGAUUAGAGAAAGUUAGCGGCAGAUGUUGGCGAGUGAUCCAGCCAUCAGCUCAGCAGGUGGGAAGCUCUGCUGUCUGAGAAAGGUGAUCUGGAGGGCAGUAGUGCACAGCUUGAGUCCUUUAAAGCUACAGAUGUUAUGGCGAGUCUUUUGAGGAAUUGACUGAGAAAGUCAGACUUUCAGCAUUGGGGUUAAAAAUAAUGAAUAAAUAGUGAAAAUGUAAAAAGUUUAGUAUUAUAAUAAUAAUUGUAACAUAGUUGCCUGAAUGAUUAUAUUUCACUACUUUUGUUCUCUGUGUAUGCUAAAUAAACUGCUUCAAUAAAAGGCACU